ACUGAAAAUGGAAUUAUCAGGGUUAACCAGGCCAUGUUCUCUGGAGCUUCUUAUGUGGAUUUCUGUGCUAGUGGGAAAGAAGUUGUCAGUGUCAAGUUACCAGCUGUCUCUUCAGAGGAAAUAGCUGAUGAGGAGAAUCAUGAGAACCAUGUGGGUGGUAAAGUACAUGUUAAGGACAGUGCUUAUGCGUCACUUUUGAAUCAUCAAAUCCCUAAUCUAGUAACUCUCUCAUUGUUGCCAAAGAGCCAGUGGCAAAACUUGAUCAAUUUGGACAUUAUAAAGGUCCGCAACAAACCAAUUGAGCCACCCAAAAAGCCAGAAAAGGCUCCAUUUUUCUUGCCAUCAGUCCCAUCGUUUUCUGGAGACAUAUUGUUCAAACCUACUGGCACAGCUGUCGAAGAGAAGGAGAAAAAAGAUGAUGAGAUAGAGAGCAGUAAAAGAAAACCUGAUCUACAGACCUCCCAAUUUCUGCAAUUGCUUCUUUCCUCUGCGGAAAUGAAAAAUUUUUCACCAUUUACGGACUACAUCAAAGGUUUAUCUCCAUCAACAUUAGAUUUGGAGCUCCGGAUGCUUCAGAUUAUAGAUGAUGAAGAUCAGCAAGAGCCCGAAAAGAGAUCUGAAUUAUAUUCCAUUGAGCUGCUACUUGAUUACUUCAUACAUGAGAUUUCGUGUAGAAAAGACUAUGAGUUCAUUCAAGCAGUAAUUAGAUUGUUUCUCAAGAUACAUGGCGAAACAGUUAGGCGCCAGCCUAAACUUCAGGACAAAGCAGAGAAGCUUUUGGAAGUUCAUAGUUCAGUAUGGCAGACACUGGAUAAAAUGUUUCAAAACGCAAGUUGCAUGCUUACGUUUCUCAGCAAUUCACAGCUCUAAGUAGGGAAGAGCUUCUUUGUCACACAAAAUCUGAACAAAGUUCAGCGGCUUUUUUGUUGUACAAAAAGAGCACUUAUUUUUUAGCUUCAGGCAGCAGUUUUGACACAUAGAGGAGCUUGACUUUUGCAGUUUAUACAGAUUGUUGUUCACUAGUGACAUUGGUGUGUCCUUGGUAUCUUCUGUAAAGUCUAAGAUAAAAAGUU